UCUGGGUGGAAGCCGAAGGGCUGCGCCCCCUCCUCUCGUGCGCGCGCGCGCGCGCGCACACACACGCACACACGAACCCUCGAAGGACGCGACCCCGCCAGGUGACAGGCCCGGGAGCCAUUCCGUCGCCCCUCCAGCGGAUCAGCCUCGACUGAGGAAGAUGCCGAAGACAUCAGUCCCGCCAGGAAUCGCGAGUGCCCGGAUUUCGUGAAAGCCCUUUCUCCGCCGGAUUCUCAAAGAAGAUGAAUUUGGCUGAGAUUUGUGAUAAUGCUAAAAAAGGAAGGGAAUAUGCACUUCUUGGGAACUAUGACUCUUCAAUGGUUUAUUACCAGGGUGUCAUCCAGCAAAUUCAACGUCAUUGUCAGUCAAUCAGAGACCCAGCACUGAAGGGCAAGUGGCAACAGGUUCGGCAAGAACUCUUGGAAGAAUAUGAGCAAGUAAAGAGCAUUGUCAACACUUUAGAGAGUUUUAAAAUAGACAAACCUACGGAUAUUCCUGUAUCUUAUCAGGAUGAACAUUUUAAGGAUCCGACUGUUUGGCCACCUCCUGUUCCAGCUGAGCACAGAGCCCCUCCUCAGAUAAAGCGACCCAAUAGAGAAGUGAAACCUCUGAGGAGAGAAUCUCCAGGAUUACAACGGGGACCUAUAGGUAGAGCUCAGCCAAUUUCAAAAAAUGAAAAAUCUGCCAGCAGCCGAGAGAGGGAAUCUAGAGCAAAAGGAAAAGAUGAAAAGGGAAAGAAGAUCCACCAAGAUGGUGCUGGUGAUGGUGAAAUUCAGAAAUUUGAUGGAGCAGGUUAUGACAAAGAUUUGGUUGAGGCUCUGGAAAGAGACAUCGUGUCAAGGAAUCUAAGUAUUCAUUGGGAUGACAUAGCUGAUUUGGAAGAAGCUAAAAAAUUGUUAAGGGAAGCAGUUGUUCUUCCAAUGUGGAUGCCGGAUUUUUUCAAAGGGAUCAGGCGACCCUGGAAGGGAGUUCUAAUGGUUGGCCCUCCUGGGACUGGUAAAACCAUGUUAGCAAAGGCUGUAGCCACAGAAUGCGGAACAACCUUCUUUAAUGUGUCUUCCUCCACUCUGACCUCAAAAUACCGUGGUGAAUCUGAAAAGUUAGUCCGCUUGUUGUUUGAAAUGGCCAGAUUUUAUGCACCUACAACCAUUUUUAUUGACGAAAUAGACUCUAUCUGUAGCCGCAGAGGUACCUCUGAUGAACAUGAGGCAAGCCGCCGAGUCAAGUCUGAGCUGCUUGUGCAGAUGGAUGGAGUAGGUGGAGCUCUUGAAAAUGAUGACCCUUCACGAAUGGUGAUGGUGCUGGCUGCUACAAAUUUUCCCUGGGACAUCGAUGAGGCUUUGCGGAGGAGGCUGGAGAAAAGGAUUUAUAUCCCAUUGCCAACAGGACCCUUGGAAGCACUGUUGGAAAAACCCAUACACACUUGUACUUAUGCUGCUUUGGGCAACAUCGAAAGCGGGACAUGCACACCGAAUCUUCAGACAAAAGGCAGAGCAGAGCUGCUUAAGAUUAAUCUUCGAGAAGUAGAACUGGAUCCUGACAUCAGCCUGGAAGAAAUCGCUGAGAAGAUAGAAGGCUACUCUGGUGCUGAUAUCACUAAUGUUUGCAGGGAUGCCUCUUUGAUGGCAAUGAGGCGGCGCAUUAAUGGCUUAUCACCAGAUGAGAUCCGAGCACUAUCUAAGGAAGAGCUGCAGAUGCCUGUUACCAAGGGAGACUUUGACCUGGCCCUGAAAAAAAUUUCCAAGUCUGUUUCAGCUGCAGAUCUGGAGAAAUAUGAGAAAUGGAUGUCAGAAUUUGGAUCUGCUUAACCUCAGAGACAUCUAUUCAAGUGAUUUUAGUAUCAAUUAUACAAUAUUACAAGGACUUAGGAAUAUUUUAAGGCUUGAAUUUUUCCUAUGGACAAGACCCUUUUAAUUUUAUUUGCACUUUAAUGGGGACAAAACACAAUGAUAUGAUAUUUCAUGGAAAAAUACUAAGAACUAAACAUAGCAAGGGAAACCCCAUGCAGUUUUGGUUGUCUGCACUUUAACAGUGACAGCUAAUCCUAGUGUUUCAUGGCUUUUAUUUGCCUGUCAGAUACAGUUGUGCAUAGAUGUCCAGCCAUAUUGUAUGUUUUGCUAGAUCCCGACCUCCUUGAAUGUAGGAGUGAAGUUGUCAGUUGUUGUUUCUGCCCCUCCCUAAUUUAAAGAGCUCAUCCAUAUGAUCCAGGGUGAAAAUACUGAGGAUUGCGUUACACUGCAGUCAUGUUGCCAUGGCUACCAUGGUAUUUGCUGGAAUGAUGAUGAUCACAAAAAGUGUGGAAAAGAGACACUUGUUUCUUCAGAUGCAAUGUGUGCCUGUGGCCCAUUGCAGAUUUUGAGAUCUUUUUGUUUCCAAUUGUGUAGAAAUGGGCAUUUCCCUUUCGACACUUGAUGUGUUUAUUAGAGCCAGCACCAGUGCCAAUGCAGCACACUUAGUCGCUGCAUGAAAUGUAGAGCAGACAGUAGCAAAGAUCUUUGAUGUUCGAAAACUCAGGUCCAGUUUUGCUCUUUUCUGUUUAACACUGGUGUAAAAUCAACUGAUUUAUCUCUGUUCCUGCAAUACUCCAGCUGCACUAAGGCCAUGUAAACUCCAGAGGUUUCAGUGGUUUAACAUGCUGGUGCAGUGCUAAAUAGUGCACAUCUUGCAACAUUUCAUCCAACUGCUUAUGCUUAGAUUAACCCCUUUCUAAUUUGUGGUUUUAUAAUGCUAAUUAUACUUUGUUGCAGUGUAGGAUAUGAAAGUGGACACAGUGAAUACAGUGGAGCCCAAACCUGAAGGCACAGAUUGGUUGUCCUCAAAAUCCAGGCAUUCCCCACCCUCUUUUUAAAUAUUCUUGGUGCUUAUUUCACAUAUUUGCAGUUUCCUCCAGUUUGUAAAAUUAGGACUCAUCUAUUUUGAGUCUGAUAGUCAGCAUACAUUACAAGUGUUGCAAACAGUGACUUGUUCUUUGGGCCUGUUCAGACUUAAUGUAUAGUUCACUUCCUGAAGUGAUCCUGUUUGUGUACACAUGUGGGAAAUAGUUAUCCAAGUUACUUUAUUUAUUUAUUUGGGGAAGAUUUGAAUGAUCAGAAUUCUGGCCAGAUUCUUCUUCUGGCUCUAGAAAAGUUACAUAGUUGGUAUUCUAAGGAAGGAUUCCUCUUGAAAAAGAAUCUCAUCCCAUGCAUGUCAGAGAUAAAUCAUACCUCAAGGGUUUUUUGUCAAGGAACUCCUUAAAUGACCAGGAAGCAUUUCCAAGUCACCCUUUCAUUUGGGAGCUAGUCACCUAAAAUAAUUUGUGCCUCAGAAAGGCUAUUCUUUAUGGUGUUAGGGGAUGCUUUUAAAUGUUGUGCAGGCCAGCUUAUUACUCUUCAUGCUGGCAAGCUGCAUGGAGGCAGUGCUGAUCCAUGUACAAAGCUUUCUCAGUCUUCCUAGACUAAGGACUACCAUGGUCUGUGUGGAUGGUACAGUCCCAAAAGUUUCAUAUCAAAUUAACUGGUACCUCUUCCUAGAAGUAUCCUCCCCCUCAAACUAAAUCAGUUCUUGCAGCUUUCCCCAGCUUGGUGCAUUCCUGAUAGACUGGACUGCAUGUUUGAACAUUCCUAACUCAGAUGGCCAUCUUGGGUUCCGGGCUGGAGAAGCCUUGGUUCUAGGGAAAACUUUCUAGGAAUAGAAAUUUUUUAUCUUAAUUGCCAAGCAACUGACACAUAGUGGGUUUGCACAAUCACAGAGUAGGAAAUAAGAGGCAGUGAUUUAUUUUUCCUCUACUCAUGCCAGGAGAUUAAGUUAUUUAGUCUCAGCAGCGCAGUUUGUCAUUUUGUGCAAAUCUGGCCAAGGUUGGCUUGUUGUUAUUGGAAAGAAGCCACUUCCAACCCAUGGGCUGUUGCAGAAUUUUGGGUGGCUUGUUUAACUACAGCAACAAGUAAUUAUGCUAAUUCCCCUGACAUAUGACUGGCAUGUGUGGAGGAAGAAAUAAUCCACCAUGUCUCAUUUCCCGCUCCCUGAUCUUGCAGAUCAGGCAAAUAGCUCAGCCAGGCAUUGGCUUUGCGAGAGUUUCAUGUGUCUGUCUAUUUGUUAUGGUAACCAGCUUCCCAGCAGAGCAUGUCCAGUGCUGCCAAUGUGACCUGGUUCAAUAGAGGAAGAGCGCUACUGGCAUUUUCGCAACAGGGUCGUGUUGUACCAUACAUGGCCAACCACGUGGGUUAUGUUUGUAGCGGUUUGUCUUUGGUUUUCUUUAUUGGUGUGUUAACUGGUGUUUUUAUGUAGAAAAAGGCAUUUUGUGUCAAGACUGUGAAUCGUACAUUGUGUUCUUUUCCAACAAAAGGCAGCUUUACCUUGAAUAAAAGAAAGCCACAAUAAAUAUCCC